CUCCUCCUCCUCCCCACCCUCGCCGUAGCCCAGCAUGUCGAGCCGCCGCUCCCGGAUCUCUGACGAAGAGAUCAACGACCUCAUCUCCAAGCUCCAGGCCCUCCUCCCCGAGUCUCGCCGGAGAACCACGAGCAGGGCGUCAGCAGCGAAGCUGCUGAAGGAGAUGUGCGGGUACAUAAAGAGCCUCCACCGGGAGGUGGACGACCUGAGCGAGCAGCUCGGCGGGCUGAUGGCGACAAUGGAGGCCGACAGCCCGCAGGCUGAGAUCAUUAGAAGCAUCUUGGGGUCUUAAUUGUUGAUUAUGUUAAUUAAUCUGCGUAAUUAAGGUGGAUAAUUAAUCCUGUAAGGCUGUAACCUUAGCCUUGUCUUAAUUGGUGGUGUGCAGUGUAAGUGUUUAUGAUCUAAUUAAUUACUUUAUCACUGAUUAAUUA